AGUGUCGCCGGCCGCCUGCAGGUGUCUCCCCGCGGAGGGGCGCGCGUCCCUGCGCCGUGGCCGCUGCCAGGCGCCGGCGGCUGCUCGCCGAGGUGCACUCGCGCUCUGGGCUCGGGGCGCGCCGGAGCCCCUCCGCCGCCGCCGCCCGCGCGCCCCCCGCGCCCCCACCCAGGGGGGGACCAUGGGCCCGCGCCGCGACCGCCGCCGCCGAUCGCAGGCGCCCGAGCCCCGGGGCGCGGCGGGCCGCGGCCGCUGACGCGGGGCGCCGGCUGCCAACUUCGCGCGCGGAGCUCCCCGGCGGCGCGGGAGGCAUGAAGACGAGCCGCCGCGGCCGAGCGCUCCUGGCCGUGGCCCUGAACCUGCUGGCGCUGCUCUUCGCCACCACCGCCUUCCUCACCACGCACUGGUGCCAGGGCACGCAGCGGGUGCCCAAGCCCGGCUGCGGCCAGGGCGGGCGCUCCAACUGCCCCAACUCGGGCGCCAACGCCACGGCCAACGGCACGGCCGCCCCCGCCGCCGCCGCGGGGAACGGCCCCCCUGGCGGCGCGCUCUACAGCUGGGAGACUGGCGACGACCGCUUCCUCUUCAGGAAUUUCCACACCGGCAUCUGGUACUCCUGCGAGGAGGAGCUCGGCGGGCUCGGUGAAACAUGCCGCAGCUUCAUUGACCUGGCCCCAGCAUCAGAGAAAGGGGUUCUGUGGCUGUCGGUGGUCUCUGAGGUGCUCUACAUCCUCCUGCUGGUGGUUGGCUUCAGCCUCAUGUGUCUCGAGCUCUUCCACUCCAGCAAUGUCAUCGACGGGCUCAAGCUCAACGCCUUUGCGGCCGUCUUCACGGUGCUCUCGGGACUGCUGGGAAUGGUCGCCCACAUGAUGUACACGCAGGUGUUCCAGGUCACGGUGAGCCUCGGCCCCGAAGACUGGAGACCCCACUCCUGGGACUACGGGUGGUCCUUCUGGAUCCAGAAGGGGGAUGUGAACGAGGAGGAGGACUUUCGCUUAGAUUGCCGCCAUGAGAGAUACCCCACCCGACACCAGCCGCACAUGGGGGAGUCCUGGCCCCGGAGCUCUGCACAGGAGGCACCGGAGCUGAACCGCCAGUGCUGGGUCCUUGGGCACUGGGUGUGACAACACCCCUUCCUGGCCCCAGGCCUCGGGCACUGCUGGCACCACCCCCCUGCCACAAGGCCACCACUCUGGUGCCACCGGGAACCUGGCCUGUGCGCUGUGAGCUCAGCCAGCCUGCGUGGGAGACACCGGGCCUGUCUUCCUGCGGCCACCUGAGUCUCAGAGCGUUGGAAUGAUGGAAUGCACGGAGCUGCAAGGGGGACUUCGGGACAGCAGCCCCUAACUCUUUCUACCAUCACAUGCAGCGCCUUGUUGGGUGCGGCUGGGGUGCCAGGGAAGACAUGGAACGCAGCCCCUGAAUGUGUGGGCACCCAUAGCCAGCCAGGAAGUUCAUGAGGUGCCCAGGGGUGCAGAGCCCUGUGGGGG